AUGAAGUUCAGCCGAUCUGUAUUGAUUAAGCUUUUGGUUGUACAAUGCCUUGCAGUUCUGUGUGUUUCCCAAAAUUUUGAUUUCUAUUACAUUGUUCAAAUGUGGCCAGGAUCAUACUGCGACACGAGGCAAAGUUGCUGCUAUCCAAAGACUGGAAAGCCUGCUGAAGAUUUCAGCAUUCAUGGUCUAUGGUCUAAUUACAAUGAUGGCAAAUACCCACAAAACUGUGAUCGUGGCAACUAUUUUGAUGAAUCAAAGAUAUCUGAUCUUAGCAGUAGAUUAGUAAAGGACUGGCCAACACUGGCCUGCCCGAGCGGUGAUGGCUUCAAGUUCUGGGAACACGAAUGGGAGAAACAUGGGACUUGUUCCGAGUCUAUCCUUGACCAACACUCUUACUUCCAAUCAGCUCUUGACCUCAAGAACAAGGCAAACCUUAUUCAAGCUCUCAACACUGCAGGAAUUAAGCCAGAUGGAAAAUUUUACAGCGUAGAAAGCAUCAAAGAAGCCAUUAAAGAUAGUGUGGGCUAUGAACCCUACAUAGACUGUAACGUUGACACCUCCGGCAACCACCAGCUCUACCAAGUUUACCUCUGUGUGAACGCUUCUGGGACAGACUUCAUUGAAUGUCCAGUGUUCCCACAUGGAAGAAGAUGUGGUUCUGAGAUCGAAUUCCCAUCAUUCUCCAGCUCACGUGAUGAACUUUAAUACUAGCAUUUCCCUACACUUUCCUAUCGAUCUCCAUGAACAUGGGAAUAAAC